AUGGUGGAGAGCGGGCUUUCGGUUCGAAGGGUCCCUUGGAGCCCGCAGGCGCGCGCGGCAGAGGCCGCGGCGGCCUCCGGCGGGAGCGGCAAUGUCGACGAGUCCAAGACCAGGAAACACGCCUCCCUCGCCGCCAGGCUCGCCAAGAACGUGAUCGGAAUGUUGACGCUCAGGCGGCCGCGGCUCGUCGCCGGCUUUUUGUUCCUCCUCGUCCUGCUCGUCCUUCUCGUCGCCGUCUUAAUCCACCUCUCCCUGCCCGGCUACCGCGCCUUUCCUUCCUUCGAAUCCUCUUUGGUCGACAGCAUUGACGACCUCGACAGCAGCGCUUCCGAGUUCGGAAUCCUCGGCGUGCCCCGGUGUAGCUCGAAACAUGAAAAGACAGUGGAAUGGACUUCAAAGGAUCUGCUCAAAGGCUUGGAGGAAUUUGUGCCGAUAUAUGAAACUCGUCCAAUCAAGAACUACAAGGAUGGGAUGGGCUUCGACCAUAGCUUUGGGUUAUGGUUCAUGACACGCUGGCUCAAACCAGAUCUGAUGAUAGAGAGUGGUGUUUUCAAGGGGCACUCCACAUGGGUCCUUCGACAGGCAAUGCCAAAUACACCGAUCAUAUCGAUAUCACCUCACCACCCAGAGGAGUAUCCGGGGAAAGGACCAGCCUAUGUUGAUAAGAACAGCACAUAUUUUGCUUUGAUGGAUUUUGAGGAUUUUACGAGUCUUGACUGGGAAAUUUACAUCAUGGAAGAACAUGGGAUUUCGGAUUUCAGUCGGGUUCUUGUAUUCUUUGAUGAUCAUCAAAGUCAUUUGAAAAGAUUGAAGCAGGCUCUGAAAGCUUUUAUACUUCAUGCACAAAUCUGCACUUCAUUCUCAUUUCUGUUGGACAGAUUGAAGCAGGCUCUGAAAGCUGGCUUUCAGCAUAUCAUAUUUGACAACAAUUAUGACACUGGAACUGGUGACCAUUAUUCCUUGAGGCAGAUUUGUGAUCAGUAUUACACCAUAGGUGGUGGGCACUCCUGCAUUAGGGAUGAUGAUGAAGCAAGGAUAAGAGAGAGAAGAAAAAGUUUGUGGGAGAAGGCUGUAGGCAUAGAUGAGCUAUGUGGGAUGAAUAAUGCAUGGUGGGGUAUCAGAGGGCACAUGAAUGACAAUUUUAACCGCAGCAGUGAGUACAUUUCGUAUCCUGAACAUGUUAAGAACCACAGGUUUUUGGAGUCGGUGUUAGAUGUCUAUUGGGAGUUGCCACCUGUGGCUGGUCCCUCCCUCACUCAUCAAACAAGAUAUGACCCUGCCCGUUCCCCAAAUCCAAUCAUCGAAGAUGGCAGGUUUGACUUGUUCCAGAGGCUCGGUCUAACAAGGCUUGAAGCUUCUGUAUUCAAUGGAUACACUCAGAUGGUCUAUCUUCAGAUAUCUGCCCCUGAUUCUGACCGUUGAGUAACUGUAGAAAAUUUUGUUCAAAUCAAGUGUACAUAUCUUCUGCUGGAUAUGCAGGUGCAAGUGGAAUCAAAGAUUUGUUUCAUCUAGAUAUCGCACCUACCUCUUGGCUCUUGAGUAACUGUAAAAGUUUUUGUUCAGAUCAACUGUAGAGAUGAUAUCUUCUCUUCUGCUGGAUAUGCUGGUGCAAGUGGAAUCAAAGAUUUGUUCAAUCUACUGAAGAGUUUUGUCUUUGUACAUUUCCUGUUUGAAUUUUGUAUCUGCUUUGAGAUGUUUGAGUGAAUAUAUGCUCCCACAAUCAUUUCCAGAUUACUUACAAAA